AAGGCAAAAAUGGCCCAAGAGCUGAGCCAGGAGGCACUGCUGGACUUUCUGUGCCAGGCAGGGGGCCGAGUGACCAACGCUGCUUUGCUGAGCCACUUCAAGAGCUUUCUCCGGGACCCCGACGCAUCCCCCAGCCUGCACCAGCAGCGCCGAGAGCUCUUCAAGGGCUUCGUCAACUCGGUCGCCGCAGUGCGCCAGGACCCCGACGGCACCAAGUGCGUGGUGCUCAAGAGGAGGUACAGGGACCUUUUGGGGGAGGAGGGGCUGCGGCGACCCCGCAGGCCGCCCGCAGCCGCCGCCCCCGCGGAUGGAGCUGCGCCCCGCUCCCCGCCCCAGCCGCAGCCCGCGCGGCGACGGUGCGAAAAGGAGCCGGAGGAGGAGCCAGCAGGUGCCGCGGCGCGGGCUGCGGACGCAGGCUGCGGUAGACUCCCAGCCAGCGGCGCCCGGGAGGCGGCCUGCAAGCCGGGCGGGCCGCGGGGGAGCCCGGGCCGGAGGGCGCCGGUGUCCGCAGCUGCAGCCGCAGCCGCCCAGGCCGGAGCGAGGUGCGCCGCGGCGGCAGCGCAGGGCCGCUGCUGCUGGGAAUGUCUCCAGAACCGGCUACAGGGGCUACCGGCGGAGCUGGGAGCGCUCCCCGACCCCGCCACCGCCGCAGAGAAGCCGGCGCGGCCUCUGCCUGCCGGGGAUGACCGCGGGGCCCCCGGGCACCACCAGGAAGGCGCACCUGCUGGGCCCGCGACGCCCCGGUCGCCUCCCGCCACAGUCGAGGCUGCCGCGAGCUGGGCUGCCUCGCAGGCCCCGCCGCCUAGCCCUGCUUUCCGGGUAGACCUGCCCGAGACGUUGCCCCCCGGACCCCUGCACUGGUCGGCCCUGCAGCAGCAACAGCGCACUCGGGAGUGGGUGGCCAGACACCCGCAGGUGCCCGGGGCCCGGCGCCAAGGCCCCGUCCGGGUCUGGUCGGUGCUGCCGGACAACUUCUUCCAGCUGCCCACUGAGCCGGGCUUCUGCGUCGCGGAGCCAAACUUAGAGCCUCCCGACCUUCCUCCUUCCUCUCACUCUCUCUUUCCUGUUCCGGAUGAGUCCGCAGAAUCCUGGCCAGGGAACUCUCCACCGACUGUCUUUCGUAGCAUUCGAUGUCAGCUAUCCCUCCAAGAUCUGGAGGACUUCGUGGACCAGGAGAGCCACGGCAGUGAGGAGAGCAGCAGCGGGCCCAGGGAGUCCCCCGGGGGCUCUGAGGAGGGGCUGCAGGCUGCGCUGGGAGCUCCAGACUGGGGGAAGGGCAGGACUCCGACCUGGGGCCUUUCCGUGUCUGGGGAGGAGAACACUCCUCAGAGCCCCAGGAACCGACAGGAUGGUCGCAACCCCCAGCAGGUCACAACAGCAGCGAAUGGCCUUGCCGGCCACCCCCAGGAAGCGCUGCCCUGGCCAGCUCCUAGGCUAAAGAGGUCCCUCAGAAGGAGCUCUCUGGCCGGGAGAGCCAAACUGUCCUCCUCUGAUGAGGAGUACCUUGAUGAAGCCUUGCUGGAAAGGAGUCGGCGUCCACCGCGAUCCAGGAAGCCCUCCAAGGCAGGAGCCGUGCCCAGUCCAAGGACGGAUGAGACUUUGACACCAAAACUCAGGGAGGUUAGGGCUAUCGUGGCCCAGGGGGGUUGGCCACAUGGCUGGCGGGCCCCCAGUAGGGAGGCGCCUGCAGCCUUGGUUCCCCACAGACAUUCGGAGCACAAGUCAUCUCUGGUCCCCCUGGAUGCCAGGGAACAUGAGUGGAUUGUGAAGCUUGCCAGUGGCUCUUGGGUUCAAGUGUGGACUUUAUUCUGGGAGGAUCCCCAGCUGGCUUUGCACAGAGACUUCUUGACUGGGUACACUGCCUUGCACUGGAUAGCCAAACACGGUGACCUUAGAGCCCUGCAGGACUUGGUCUCAGGGGCACAGAAGGCAGGGAUUGCUCUCGACGUAAAUGUGAGGUCCAGUUGUGGGUACACCCCGCUGCACCUUGCAGCUAUUCACGGCCACCAGGCAGUCAUCAAAUUGCUAGUACAAAGACUGGCUUCUCGGGUCAAUGUCCGUGACAGCAGUGGCAAAAAGCCAUGGCAGUAUCUGACCAGUAAUACCUCUGGGGAAGUGUGGCAGCUGCUGGGAGCCCCUCGGGGAAAGCCCAUUUUCCCAGUCUAUCCCUUAGUCCGAAGCUCCUCCCCCACCAGGAGGGCCAAGAGACAGGAAAUAUCUAGAAAUGUAACCCGAAAGACUUCCCUCGCUGCCCUUCUCAAAAGUCAGCACAACAAGUGGAAAUUGGCCAAUCAGUAUGAGAAAUUCUCCAGUGCCAGGGGAAGAGAAGAGUAUAGUGACUGAGGUGGGCCUCUCUCUUCAACAUGUAGCCAUUACAUCCUUGAGCCAUCCUUGAGCUACUCAGUGAGAGAAUUCAGGGGAACAGAACAGCUGCGGAGGGGUCGGUGCAGAGAGAGGUCGACUGAGAGGCUACCCAGUCUUUUUUUUUUUUUUUUUUUG